AUCAAGACAUGCAGAGCCGGCGGAGAUUCCGACCGCUCUAUGCAGAAGUUGGGCUAGAAAUUGGAAGAAAUAAAUUGGCAGUACUAGACUAACUAGAUUAUGCUAAACAAAGGUAUUAAUUAGCCUCAUGUUGCUUAUUUAUGUUGGUGAUAAUAAUGAAGAACUAAAAACACAAUUUUCAUACUAGUGGACCCAACUCCAACCUUCCAUAGACUAACUCUUCAGCUCUUUAACUCUGUUUCUGCACUCCUUAGCCUACUCAUAAGAGUGAGAGACUGAGUUUGAGAUACUCAAUGUGCCACCGUUGAUGGGUAACUACAGGUUCAGAUUGUCAGAUAUGAUACCACAUGCCUGGUUUUACAAGCUCAAAGAUAUGAGCAAAACCAGAAAACACAACACUACUUCUCCCAAGAAAAAACCACCAACCUCUACAUUUCCUCCACAAAGAACCCAUCUUUCACAAACCAGAUACUCCUACUACAUCACAACAGAACAACAACCCAACAGAGAUGAAAAGUUCUACAACUCACCUACACACCCCCAAGCCUCGGAUGUACAUUUUCCAGAACAACCCAGAAGGUCGUCAACCAAAAGAAGCAGAAGGAAAGCUGUUUACAAGCCUUCACCUAAAAAACAAGUAACCUCUUCCUCUGUUUCCUCAGGCCAUUGUAGCUGUCAUGCCUCAAUUCCUGAGUCUCCAGACUACUUUGGCUCAUCUUCAAGUGAGAGAAAUUCCCCUGAAACUCAUGACUUUCAUGAAUUGAUUCCAUCUGAGUUUGAAAGCGACCAGUUGUGUGCUUCUGAGUUUGGCUCUUAUAACUGCAGAGUUAGUUCUUCGACUUCUGAUUCUAUCAUUGACAUGAAAAAAGAAGGCUCACCCAAGAAAGUCCAUGAUGGGUUUGACAUGAUCUCAGAAUUAGAGCUUCCUCGAAUCUUGACAAAGCCAAUGAAGUUUGAUGAUCAUGAUAAGGCCAGUGAGUCCACCAAGUUAAGAAAAAGUACUCCAUCCAAAUUGAAGGAAACAAAAGGACACCGGUCUCUUUCUGUCAAGAUAGUCAAGGAAGAAAGAAGCAGUGGUAGGACACAGAAGGAUCAAAAGACCACAACUCCUUUCGUUCGAAACUCGUCUGCUUCUCCAACCGGCAUAAGGCUUCGAGGAAACUCUCCAAGACUUGCAAGCAAGAAACUUCAGCAGCCCUGUGGUGCUAGAAAGAGUGUGUCAACGAAUAGAGGCAUUUCGGACAGCUUUGCAGUUGUGAAGUCCUCAUUUGACCCACAGAGGGACUUCAAGGACUCGAUGAGGGAGAUGAUUGUGGAGAACAACCUCAAGGAAUCCAAAGAUUUGGAGGACCUUCUUGCUUGUUAUCUUUCACUCAACUCAAGGGAAUACCAUGAUCUCAUUGUCAAGGCUUUCGAGCAAAUCUGGUUCGAUAUGGCUCACAUCAAAAUCUCAGAUUCUUAGGUUAUCAAAUUUAAAUGCAUAUAUCUGUAUAAUCUUUUUAAGUUAUGAUGACUACUUUCUUUUCUCAAUUCUAGGUUCAUCUUAUUCUUGUAUCUUUAGAAAGACUGCAUGACUUGUUUCUCUGCUCUGUUAGGCAUUUAAAAAUGCAUCUUAUGAGCAAAUGAAGUAUUAAUUUU